AUGUCGCAAAGCUCCAAGUACUUGGACCAAGAAAACAUUCUAGACGCUAAUGUUAAACAAUGGAUCAAUCGUGAGGGCGGUAAACCCCUUGGGACAUUGAAACGGAGUGCCACCACUGGGCCCUAUGACAAUGUUCCCAAGAGAAAACUGAAGAAGGUUCUUGGUGGUAAAGAUAUCAAUACUCAUAUUCCUAUGUUACGAAAGUCUCAUUCAACGAUAGAUGCUCGUAGUGGUGCUGUUUCUGGUGCUGGUGCUGUUACUGGUGCUGGUGCAGUUACUGGAGGCAGCUCACUGGUUCAACCAAGACCUAUUUCAAGAUCUGCUUCUGCCGUGGAGUCGUGCUAUAGAACACUGGUUCCUGUGUUGCAACCUAACCAUGAUCUUGUAUUGAAUUUCAAGAACUUGGAAGAGACUUUGUCGGUGUCUCCCCUGCCUGCUAUACCAUACACUGAUUCCCUAGUGAAGCUGGAAUUCACUAAUGCAUCAUUACCUCAAAUACCAUCCCUCAAGUCCAUGCCUGUACCUGAUUUACAGGCUCCUAUAGCAACUCCACGGUUAAAUGCCACGAAUAUGGAUCCUAAGAAAUCUGUGUCGAGGCGGCUACCAUCUGAAGUCGACAAAUAUAUGAAUGAUAAAUUGAAUAAGAGAAUCAUAGGGAAAGUGCCUUCACAUUUGAUUGAUGACCCUAAUAGCAUAGAAACAAUUCCUGAACGAUUGGAAGACGUUGCAUCACCAUUUGGAGAAAAUGCGCUUGAUUUCUUACGUCUGAAUAAUGUUACAAAGAUGACAAAAGAUAACUACUUUGAGUAUCCAGAAAUAAGGAAGAAUGAACAUGAUCUCAGGUUUGAAGAAAUCGUCUUGGAUGAUAAGGAAGAUUUUAGUGGUGGUGAACAAGAUAUGAGUUUGGAUGACGUUGGGUUAACUAUUGACGAACUUGAUGAGUUAUUGAACUGA